GCAUUUACAAAUUUGUUCUAGAUCUUUUCAAAACGUAAAUAAAAAAGUUUUCCAAUUGUAUUGCUGCUGCAAAAUCAUUGUUUAUUAAGCAUUUAUUAACAACACUUUACAUAAAAUUGAAUAUAACAAUGUUUGGUUUAAUAAUUUCGGGAAGACUGCCACAAACCGACUUCACGCCACUGGAUGAAACCAAAGCUUUAAUUAAUGUGCCUGAUAUAGAUCAUGUUAACUAUAUAGUGGUAUUUUUAACCGGCAUACAACCCUUGCCGGAGGGCACAUCCGCUGCAGUUUAUUUCAGUUGGCCAGAUGCCAAAACAGCUCCAACUUGGCAGUAUUUAGGUCAUAUAUCGAAUGCCAAACCCUCUGCCAUAUUUAAGAUAUCGCAACUCAAAAAAGCCCAUGAACUGGAGUCACAAGAAAAUGGUAUGGUAUUUGGUGCUCAAGAAAUCUCUCAUACAGCACAAAUUGGUGUAUCCAUUGAGCCCAGUAACACUAUCACACAACUAACACCAGCUGUGUCAAAUGCUAAUGCAAAUUUGCAAUUUAGUCAAAAAAUGCUGGAAAAUUUCUUUAAUUAUGCAUCAAGCUUUACGGUCAAUGCUCAACAACUGCCUCCCAUGUCUAAUGAGACCCUAGUGCCUCUGUCGACAUUACAGAAUUGGUAUACAAACUUCCAGAGGCGCAUGGAACAAAAUCCAAAUUUCUGGAAGUAUUAAGAAGCAGUAUAAACUUAGCGCGAUGAAUUCCCUAUUCUCAGGGGAUUUUAAAGACACAUGCAUAACAUGUUUUUUAUUCUUUUAUUUAAAAUUCAUUUUUUUAUUAAGAAACGAUGUACUUUUUUAAAUACUCGAAACGGGUAUAAACAUUUUAAAAAAUAUAUUUUUUUUUUUUCAUUUUUAUAAAUUGUUUUGUAUUAUAAACUUUGCAAAAAAUACACACACACAUCAAAAAUGUCAUAAUCUAA